AUGAACAGGAAUAAUCAUAUCAUACAAAAUCAAAGAAAUGGAAAAUCAAAAAAGGCUUGCUUGCUGAUCCUCCCGUCCAUCCAGUCUAAAAGUACACAGGAAUGGGAUAUCUGGUUUUUCGGCCGUUUCAAUUGCUGGCGCCUAUUUGGUGACGCAUUAAGAUGA